CCGCCGCCAUGCCCAAGCCGCCCAACAUCCUCCAGUAAGUCCCCGCCGGCCCGCCUCCCGUGCUGGCAUUCCGCCGGCAGGCCUCCAGCCGGGCCCCCCGGUGCUUCGGCCCUGUCCAGAGCUCUCGGACCUUCCGAUCGCUUUCCGCCUUAGAGAGCCAAGGGGAGGGGGGAGCAGCGUCCGGAACCGUGCCGGGUGCUUUGCCGCGCGCUGGGCGUGCGGAGGGAAGCCAAAACCCCGCACGGCGACAGAAAUACCCGGGAGGCCUCAUCUCCAUGGGAAGGGCAGCGUGCGAACGGCUAGGCAUAAAGCUGGCAAAAGCAGCAUGUCCCAGUCAAGGAGGAUGUCCACCACCAGGAGGGUCAGCCUCUCUGUAAGCAAAGUGAGCAUAACCCGCAGUAAAACCAGCUUGAACCUGAGCAAAACUCUCUUGUCGAGAACCACUAGCGGACCCACCGAGGGGAAAGAGAAAAUGCCCUUGCACCGCCCGAAGCAACAAAUCCAGGUAUUUGAUGCUUUGGGGAACGAUGUCACUCCUAGACCCCUUUUCCAUCCAGAUCCACAUUUUCCUGGAUCCAAAAAGCCCAGUAAGCUGCUUGUGUCUCAGGACGUCUCUCUUGGAUCAGACUUUACAGGCUCAUACACCAUGUUUCAGAAUACUGUGAACCCUAGUUUUGUGGGCCAGUUUACAAGGUCAGCAUUAGGAAGCAGCACUGUUUCUAAGUCGAGCGCUUCCACGUCCGAGUCCAUGGGAGAAGACCUUGAGGAGCCCUCCUAUAGGCGAGAAACAAUAUCCAGCUAUAUCGAUCUGCACCUCAAGAAAGAAGUGCCAAAAGCCCUAACGAAGGAAGAGCUGGAUGCCAAAGUGGACAUCUACCUCUCAGAGACGGAGACCCUGUGGCUCUUUAAUCUCCCAACAAUCAUGCAUUCUAUAGAGUCUGAAGAAGCCGAGAAAGUGACGAAACGGAACGCCCUUUAUGAGAACCUGUGUAGAAAUCGAGCCGGCAACGACUUAUAUGUUGAAAGGGUAAUGCAGACGUUUAAUGGUGCGCCCAAGCACAAGGAAGUUCAGUGUGAUAAAAUCUUAACAGAAGAAAAAGGCAUAAUGUCCACCACCUGGGCUUUGUACGACUCUUACAACGCCUUGGAAGCUGCCACUUCAGAAACAAAACUGUCAACAGGAAAGACAAGCAGCAUACAUGAGGGGUCAAGGAAAGACCAGGGCUCCAGAUAUCUGAAUACGACAGACAGAACUAGCGAAACCAGUUCUACAAUUGAUGUUGAGAGCGUCAUUCUGGCCAAAAUUCAUGAGGAAGAGGAAGAUCAUUCAGAGUUGAUACUGAAGUCGGAAAAAUUUCAACAGGACUUAUUUUUCAUGGAGAGGGUUCUCAUGGAAAAUAUAUUUCAGCCGAAACUCGCAGCUUAUCGACAGCUUCCUAUUCUGGAAGGCAAGGAAGAAGAAGAAGAAGAGAACUACCACCAGGUUAAGAAAGUGAAGAAGCAGACUGAAGAUGAUGAAGAUACAGAAGCUACUGAGGAAGAGUCUAUGGAGGCUUCAGAAGAACCCAUCCCACCCAAUCUAGAACGACUGUGGUCGUUUUCUUGUGACCUAACCAAAGGGCACAAUGUGAGCAGUAUGGCCUGGAAUAAAGCAAACCCGGACCUGUUGGCUGUUGGCUAUGGCCAGUUCGGCUUUAGAGAGCAGAAGAGAGGACUGGCCUGCUGUUGGUCACUAAAGAAUCCUGUGUGGCCAGAACGUGUUUAUCCGAGUCUCUACGGGGUGACGUCUGUGGAUUUCUCUAUGGCGUCCCCGAACCUUCUAGCCGUUGGAUUCUACAACGGUACCAUAGCCAUCUACAAUGUACAGAACAACAAUAGUGUCCCUGUCCUGGACAGCAGUGAAUCUAUUCAUAAGCACAUUGGACCAGUUUGGCAAAUCCAAUGGGUAGAGCAGGACAAAGGGGCAGCAGGUGAAGAAAAAAGGGAAAUACUCGUCACCGUAGGGGCUGAUGGAAGAAUCUCCAAGUGGAUUAUACAGAAAGGAUUGAUUUGUCAUGAUUUGAUGAAAUUGAAAAGAACAACAAAUGAAAAGCAAAAAAAGCAAAAUGAGAGAGAGAAGAAAGGUGAAGCAUUGAUAUCUCGGCAGGCUCCUGGAAUGUGUUUUGCUUUUCACCCUAGGGACACAAACAUCUAUCUAGCUGGCACAGAGGAGGGUCACAUUCAUAAAUGCUCUUGUUCGUAUAAUGAACAGUACCUGGACACCUACAAAGGUCACAAGGGUCCUGUUUAUAGGAUAGCAUGGAACCCAUUUUGCUAUGAAGCAUUCCUAAGCUGCUCUGCAGACUGGGGUGUGAAUCUCUGGCAACAGGACAACUUUAAGCCGUAUUUGAGUUUUUACACGACCACUCAUGUGAUUUAUGAUAUUGCCUGGUCUCCAAAAUCAUCCUACAUUUUUGCAGCAGCCAAUGAACAUAGAGUGGAGAUCUGGGACCUCCAGUGCAGUAUUUUGGACCCUAUCAUUGUGAAUGUGGCUAACCCAGGAGUGAAAUUUACAACCGUCCUCUUUGCGAAAAAUACUGACUGUAUUUUAAUUGGAGAUAGCGAAGGACAAGUUAUCGUGUAUGAAUUGAAGAACAUGCCUAUCUACAUAGAUAGUGGCCGGGAGGAUGCCAUUGACAUUUUGCUUGGACCUGAGGCACACAGUGUUUUGUAAUUUUUCAUGCUGAUACUUUUUAUAAAGAGAAAGUAGACUGGGUUUUGAUAUAAAGUAGAAGCUAUAUUUUGUGCCUUAGACUGACUCUUUGAUUUUGGCUUAGGCAGAAUAUUAUCUAUAUUUUUACUUUAUAAUUAAUUUUAGCAUAAAUCAAAUGGUACAUUUUAUGUGUGGAAACUCCCAGAGGAUGUUAGUGAAAUUACCUAUCAAUUAGCUGCUGGUAUAACUACAACCCAAAUUAUAAGAAAAAUACCCUAGCUUUUAUAACAUGACAAUUAUUUUUAGAUUCCAAACUUUGCUGUGUAUCAACAGGGUAAAAAGUCCCAAAGGCUAGUGUUUAUGAAAAUCUGAUUAUUUUAUUUUCCAAAAUGCUUAUGAAUUAGGUUUCUUUCUGAUUCUUUAAAGAUAGGUCAAGCGCUGGAUCUUUCCAUUUACCAGGAUAGGAGUUUUCUAUUUGAAUAGGCUAAGCUCUAACUCUUGAUUAGUUUACAUGACAGUAGCUUAUUACAGGUUUCACUUAUCACUUGAAGAAGCUAUUCUAGAACAUGCCAGACUAACAGAUUCUGGGCUCACUGUAACCCACCUGGCACAGAUAAAAGGCGGGGGCAUCCCCUCGCUAGCACACCUAAGGGCUGAGGCUGGGCUUGGAAUGUGCUGAUGGGAAGGUCCAGAAGGAAUCCCGUAGAACCAGUACUGAGCUGGAAAACCUCUGUGACAUUCUGAGUUCAUUCUCAGGGUGAUUCAGAGGAUUCCAUUUGGGCACAACCUGGCUAGUCCACAGUAGGCCUUGGUUUCCCUUUUUUAAGGGAGUCCUAGAAUUGGCACAGCUUUCCAGGAAUUCUCCAGAUUGUGGUCUGAUUAGGACCUCGCUAGGUAACCUCUGUGAUGACCUGAGCAUCAUGGGCCCCCAAGCAAGCCUGGGAAACCAGAAACAGGGACACCAGCUUGCCCACGAGAUCCAGUGUUUGGUAUUCAUGUGUAAUGUUUAUGGUAGCUUCUAUAAAUGGCACUGUUUUUUAUUUUGUUGGAACUUUGGAUUUUAACCACGCCUGUCAUUCAUGUGGUCCUGGGGCAUUUUUUAAAAUUGUACAACAACUUACCAAGUGGAAAUACUGGGGAUUCAGUAAAUUCCCUGUGAAUUGUUGGGUUCCAUUAAGUGUAGACUCAGUGCAACUUGAGAGCUCUUGUUCUCUCCCAUUGUUCUCAGCUGUUUCAGCCACAAAUAAUUAUUAGUGCUAUUAUCUUCUUUUGGACUCAUCUUUUAAACAAGCAGAACCUCUCACAAAAAUGUAGCUUUUGAGCUUUGUUAGGAUAAGGUGUUUUUAAAAAUCUCUUAACAAUGUAGGCAAUGACUUGACUUGAUUGUUGUAUUAUCUUAAAAGCCAGAUUUUUACAUGAUUCUGCUGGUAAAUUAAUAAAAGCUUGAUAUAUUUGGUCCUCCUUG